CGGAAGAGCCGGUGGGGGUGUGAGGCGGGAGUGCGCGGCCAUGGGGUUCGGCGGGCUGGAGGCGGCGGUGGAGCUGGCGCCGGGGGAGGCUUGCGAGAACGGGCAUGCGGAUGGUCGGCCUGUGGUGAUCCUGCUAGGUUGGGCAGGCUGCCAGGAUAAAUACCUGGCCAAAUAUAGCACAAUCUACAGUCAGAAGGGGUGCACUGUCAUCCGCUACACGGCUCCAUGGAAGAUGAUAUUCUUCUCUGAGACCUUUGGCAUCAGAUCUCUCCAGACCCCAGCCAGGCAACUCCUGGAGCUGCUCUUUGACUACAGCAUUGAAACCAGACCAGUUCUUUUUCAUGUUUUUAGCAAUGGUGGUGUCAUGCUGUACCGUUACAUCGUUGAGGCGCUCCACACUCACAAGCCAUUUAAGAACCUCAAGGUAGCAGGCACCAUUUUUGAUAGUGCCCCUGGCAGAAGAAACUUGAGAGGAGGCCUUCGUGCCUUGGCAACUGUUCUGGUAUCCACGAAUGUGCUGCUCAAGUAUCUCCUCUUGCUCGCUUUUGCUACUACAGCUGUUGUGCUGCGGAUCUUGCUGUACCCACUGACCCGCUUCAUCCACGAGAGCCACUACGAUGCCCUGCUGAAAGCGCCCUCGGGGUGGCCUGAGCUUUACCUCUAUUCCCAAGCCGAUGCCAUCAUCAAGGCCAGCGAAGUUCAGCACAUGGCUGAUGCCCGGCAGCAGCUCGGUGUCUCCGUGAAAGCCGUUGGCUUCUCGGAUUCGGCUCAUGUCAGCCACAUGCGGGCGUAUCCCACCUACUACCGCAACCUCUGUACGACCUUCCUGUCUGACUGUACCAGGGGCUCACCUCGUUAGUGGUGUAAUGACCUCCAAUGUUUGCCUCUGCUUUGCUCAGCUUGUGUGGGAAAUGUCACCCUUUUGCCUUUGUGUCUUUGAAGGGAAGAAAAUAGAGACUUCUUAGCUUCUUCCUGACCCCCCCAAUUUACAACUCUGAAAGCUUCCAGUUUGGCCUUUGGGCCAGCCAGCCAUGUUAUAGCAGAAAGUAGAUACGGAUUAAUUUAAAGUACCGAAAGUGAAAUCCUAGCAUGGUUGAAGUUGAUAUGCUUUAUCAAGGUGUCACAGACCAGAAUUUCACACAGAGUGUUACUUGUUUCUUUCCGUCUCCUAUUGUUCUCCACUUUCCAUGUUGUCUCCUCCUCCCUGGUGUCCAGUGUGCAUGUUCUGUUGCCUUGUACUGAUUUUACAAUACAGGUCUUCCAUGCUUUUGUUGUUUUUCUUCUUCUCUGCCAUUUCUUUUAUCUUGCAGUGAGCAAAAAAGAAGCAGUUCUGCAGGACUUUUCUCUCAGUGCAUCUCAGCUCUUGUUAUACUCCUUGCUGGAGAUGGGUCCCGGAAGCCAAGUGUAAGACCUGUAAAAGGUAUCUGCAGGGCAGUCUGACCAGACUGUCAUCUGGUUCCAUUAAAUAGCUGAGAUAGAGCAGUCAAAGCUCUGCUCCUCAGUGUGAGCUCAAAUGUUUGUGAUAACUUUUGUGUUCUUCAACCAAAAGAUUUAAGGUAACCUUUUUGAAUGUGUCUUGUGUUUUGUUUCUCUUCUUUCCAGUCUUUUGUAUGUUUUCCCGAGUAGUUUUGCUUUCUUGGAGAACUGCUCAUUUAUUAUUGUGUGUCUUUGAGCAGCUGUAUUGUGCAUCUGGAAAUACAGGGAAACUGGCUCAGCUGUAGCCCAAAAGACCUCAGAAAUAGAAAGGUGGAACUGCAGAGGAAAAUGAAA